AUGCCGCCGCCAUCUGUGACAGAGCGGAACCGAAUGAAGGCCUUUGUGGAACAAACUGGCAACCGACUACCAGGCUCACCGCAGAAACAUCGGCGCGGCGACCAGAGUCCAGAUACGGCAUUUACCGAGAACCUCGAGAGUCUCAACAUAAUUCAGCCCAACAACCAAUAUGGGAAAGUGCAGGACGAUGUGUUUGACGAGAACGUUCGUCCGCCUUCAGUUCAGGGUGUUGAUCGCCGCUCCGGACCCUUGCACCACCUCUUCACUGGAUCUGAGCUCUCCGAGGGCUUCAUGAGGUCGGGUCUCUCUUCGCCCACAAGCGAACCCAGUAGAAGGGUUCCGGUCAAAUAUGUGUCCAAGGCACCUUACAAACCAGAAUCGAAGAAGCCACCGCGACUUGCUCACGGUGGCACCCAGAGCUUACCGACCUUGACGGUUGGAAGUGAUUUUCGCAUGACUGUCACCGAGCCGCAGCACAAUGACUUUGCCGACAUGAAGGAUGGGUUUUCGGCAGCUGGCAUAACGCAUCCCAACCCGAGAUACCCUGGGAGCCCAGUACGAAACAGCCAUAGGCAUCAUCACCAUCACCGUACUCAUCAACCCGCCCAACCCGCCCAACCAAGAACUUCCCGCAAACGCGAACCAGUGAUGCCAAUACCACAACCGGAAGAAGAGAUACGGGGUAGGACGCAAAGUCGAGCGAGAUUCGAUGCCCUGUCGCCGGCUUUUACUGAUAGCGACGACGGGCCACAACCAACCCACGACAACGAAGACGUUCAAACAACACCACGGGGUAAACAGCUGCCAAUGCGAAACAGGGUGCAUUACUCUCCUUCGCGCUCUCCAGUCAAGCAGUUUGGAGACAGAAAAAGACGCCGCAAAAGCUUAGACUACGACGACCAGGCACUGAACACAAUGGAGUACCAAGAGCUUCUUGAACAACCAUUUGAUUUCGACCCGGCGACGGCGAGCGCGUCAGGCAACUCGGACGGGCAUAGUGGUGAUGGGAACCAGAGGCUGGCGCAAAUGCGACACAUGGGAAGCGUCGAACAGCAAAGAUUCUUUGGCGACAUGUCGGUGGACGAGUGGGAAUCGGCGGGGAACUGGCUCUCGGAACAAUUCACAGGUAUAAUGUGGAAACUGACGGCGGCUCGGCAGUCUAAACGGCGCAUUGUAGACAGUUUUGAGCUCGAGGCUGCUGCGCGCGAAGCAGAAGUCAGGCGGCGGUCUGAUAAGAUUGACGAGAAGCUUCAGAAAAUGCGCGAGGAUGGUAUGAAGGUGGUUGGAGGAGGUCGUCGUGGAUGA